AUGUCUGCACUGGAAGGUGGACCAUCGAGAUUGGUCAGACGUAUUUACAAAUCCUGUAGGGCCGCGGAACCUGAUUUGGCUCUUAAUUUUGAAAUCGCUGACUUGGUCAAUGAAAAGCAAGGGGCUGCUCCAAGAGAGGCAGCAUUGACUGUGGUCAAAUUUAUCAAUGAUAGAGACCCAUUCGUGGGCAUUAAUGCCUUGACAUUGUUAGAUUGUCUUGUCAAAAAUUGUGGAUACCCAUUCCAUUUACAAAUCUCAAGAAAAGAAUUCCUCAACGAAAUGGUGAAAAGAUUCCCUGAUAAACCUCCUUACAAGUAUAACAAGGUGCAAAAAUUGAUUUUGGGACAAAUUGAAGAAUGGCAUGAAACCAUUUGCAAAAGCUCUAGAUAUAAGAAAGAUUUGGGGUUCAUUAGAGAUAUGCAUAGAUUAUUAGCUUUGAAAGGCUAUAUUUUUCCAGAAAUCAAUAAAUCAGAUCUUGCAGUUUUGAACCCAUCUGAAAAUUUGAAGUCAAUAGAAGAAAUUCAAAAAGAAGAGAGAGUCGCUCAAUCGGCAAAAUUGCAAGAAUUGAUUAGAAGAGGCAGACCAGAAGAUUUAGCAGAGGCCAAUAAAUUAAUGAAAAUUAUGAGUGGGUUUCAAGAAGACAAAAAAACUAACGAAAUGACUAGACAAAAGAUCGCUGAAGACAUCAGUAAAAUUAAAGGCAAAAUCGAAGUAUUCUCUGACAUGGUGAACAACUACAAUGAAAAUGAUGCUAAUAACGCCGGAAACAAUGAAACAUUGGAAGAAUUAUACACUUCUUUGAAAGUUUCCCAACCAACUUUAAUGAAAAUAAUCGAAGAGGAACACGAUGAUCAGGAAACUGUAAAUAAUUUGCUCAAGGUCAAUGAUACAAUUAAUUUGUUGGUUCAAAAAUAUUCUUUGAUCAAAAAGAAAGAUUUAAACGGUGCUGCUAAAAUUAAUGUGGGUGCCAGUGGCCAAAUGAAUUUAAUCGAUUUUGAUGAUGGCGAUGCGUCUCAAUCUAAUUCAGCUAGCCCUGCUCCUGAAGCUUUUCCUAAAAAUAAGGAUUCAUUGAUUGAUUUGUUGGGUGAUCUUGACUUGUCAAGCGCGUCAAGAACUAUUUCUCCUGCUGGAAAUGGCACUUCUAGUUUGAAUUUCGGUACCGGUGCAAUUGCUUUGGGAUUGAAUUCCUCGAAUACUUCCACUCCAACCCCACCACCAGUGUCUUCAACUGCUAGCGCGUUCGAAUCUUUAACGCAAUUGCAAAACUUGGACCAAAUUUCUUCAAGUCCUCUUAACCAAGGUUCUUUAUCUCAACAAAUGCAUGCCGGUCAAACUAACAAUCUUUUGCAAACUAAUCAGUCAUUGCUUUAUCAAACAAGCACCAGUACAUUACAGGGGAACGCAACCGUUCAUGAAUCUACUUUCAUGAAAAUCAGCUAUAACGUGCUACCAAGAACCUCCACAAGUGAAGUGUCACUUCAAUUCUCGUUGUCUAACUUGUCCUUAAAGAAUAUUUCCAACAUAACAUUUUUGUUGGCACUUCCAAAGAGUUUCAAGCUUGAGUUGAAUCCCCAAUCUAAUAACUUUCUCAUGGGCAUGAGCACAAAUGGCAUUACUCAGAUUGCUAAAGUUAGCUCUGCUCCUGGGCAGCCACUAUCCGGUCCAAUAAAGAUGAAAUGGAAGUUGACGUACGAGGUUGAUGGUGACAAUAAGAAUGAGACAGGGGUUUAUUUGGUGGAAAAAUAUGAUUAG